CAUCUUGGUUUUGUCCUCAGCCUUUCAAUUACGAAAUGUAUGUUUCUGAAUUUUGAGAUCGUCUCACCAUUGAGAUCGAAGCUUCAGAGUGGUAUUGCAGAGUCUCAAUCUCCGUCGGGAUUCAACUUCGAACGCAAGCAAUUACUUGAAAUCGAAGGCAGUCAGAAAAACAUGGCAGAACGUUCAACAAAAAAGAAGACAUCAUCGAUAACAGACUGGACUCAGCUCCCUAAAGAACUAAUUCAGAUUAUCAUCGAGAAAUUUGAUAACUGUUUCGAUGUUGUUCAUGUUCGCUCUGUUUGCAGCUUGUGGCGAUCCACAUUUCCUCUUCCUUCUUGCCUAUUAAGCCCAAGUUACUCUCUUCCCACUUAUCCUAUCGAAAAGGAAGGCUUGUGCUCCCUCGAGAAGAUCCCUGUGGUUCUCUUUAGAGUCCCAACUGCUGUUGAGUCGGUUUCUGAGUAUUUCGUGGAAGGAAUAUUCCGAGAUGAGUCUGGGGACUAUAUGGAGUUUUCAUCUCCUCUUCAAUGCACACUGAGAGUGAAGCUAGCAAGUUCUGAUUCAACAGUGGAGCUAGCAGGAUGUGAUUCAACAUUGAAGAUAUCAGGAUCUGAUUCAACAUUGAAGAACAUGCUCGACUGUCAGAUCUUCUCUCUAGGUAAUCAGUACAGAAUCAUUCGUUGGAGUCCUAAAGGAGUGAGAACAAUUUACAAAUACGUGGCUUUUCUUCCGCUAAACGAGGGAGGAGGAGGAGGAGGAUUCGUUGUGCUCCGCCGAUAUUAUAGAACUUUGUUGAUGUUCAGAAGUGUUGAAAGGAGGUGGUUCCGGGUUAUGGACACCCCAAAUUAUACAUGCACGGGUUUAGUCGCAUUUAGAGGCAGAUUUUAUACAUCAUUUUGGAACAGAGAAGUUUUCGUUAUCGAUCCUUAUUUGCUAAUAUCGACUCGCCUAAUGCCGGAGGAGCAUCUGAACGGGAGCAAAGAUCUGAUUGCAUCCGACAAUGAUGAACUUUUCCUUGUUGAGAGAAUCACUCUCACUCAUGCUGGUGGGUCAACAUUAAGAGUGAGUAGGCUAGAUGAGGAGGCUGGUAAAUGGGUCGAGACCACUGAUUUGGGAGACCGUGUGUUGUUUGUUGGAUACGGUGCAAAUGUUUCAUGCUCGGCCAAGCAGCUUCCUGAUGGUUGUGGUGUGACCGGGAACUCAAUUCUGUUCAACGACCGGUCAGAGGAUGUAACCUUCUUCUAUAAGUAUGGGCUAUCAGAAGGUGUGGCAGGAGGCAGUGAUUGGAGAAUCUCAAGAGAGAGUUCUGUGAAGUUCCUCAAAUCUCCGACUUGGGCUUUCCGUGUUGAGUGUUGAAACAGCAGUCUAAGACUUGAGACAUGUGUUGCUUUUGUUUUUGUUAGAUCGAAACAAACUUAUCAUAUGGUUGUAGGUAUAGGUCGUGUGCCUUUAAUGACAUUUUGAUGCUUAUGAUUCUAGACUUGUGUCUCCACCACUAGCCAUGUUACACAACCGUGGAUUAUGGAAAUUGUUGUCUCAUGAAUUUUCCAAGCCGUGUCUGGCUGUGUUCUUAGUAUCAUGCAGUUCAUGUGUU